AUGGAGCGCCUGCCGCAGAGCGACUCGGAGGACCCCACGCGGGCGCGCCCCGCCGUGCCGAGGUUUGCAGCGCUGCUGCUGAUCCCGGCGCUGCUGCUUUUUGCUUUGCUGCUGGUCAGGCCGGAGCCAUCCAAGCUGCGUGAAGGAGUGCCAGUGGAAGCCUCGGCUCUCUGGAAGCGUGGCGCGCCUCCUGGCGGCCCUGGCAAGGCGCCUCGGAAGCCCAAGGUGCGGAAGCCCAAGAAGCCGCAGCCUCAGGAGCCACCGAUGGGCGGCUCUUCGGAGUCGGGCUCCGAGCCGCCCGCGGAGCCCACUGAGGUGGAGGUGACUUGGAACACGAUCAGUGGCAAACCGAUCCCGUUCAAGCACAAGCCGCGCGUGCGUCGCGAGUGGCGCACGCUGAGCUUGGAGAUGAAGAACAAGGUGGCGCGAGCCUUCUGGCAGGUAAAGACGGUGAAGACACUGGAGGGUCGCAAGAUCUACGGGAAGCAUUUCAACAAUCACGAUGAUAUGCUGAUCUUACAUUCCUGCGCGACCACUGAUCCUCGCUGUGAUGAGGGACACUUCGGCCCGCAGUUUAUGACCUUCCAUCGUGCGCUCCUGCUGAAGUACGAGCUGUCCUUGCUUUCGGUGGACCCGACCAUCGAAGCCAUGCCCUACUGGAACAUGGCCUAUGAUGCCAAAGAUGGCAAGUAUCGCCACGACCCAGAGAAGUACAUCUUCACCAACAACUAUUUUGGCAACUACACUGGAACUGGUGCCAAUUACAUGGUGAUCGAUGGUCUCUUCGCCAAUUUUCCCGUCACGGAGUGGACUUCCGAACGAUUCGGGAAUAAGAGCUACAUGGCCAAGGACAACAAGUGUAUUCGCGAAGAGUGGUUCAAAGGCACCAAGCCUUCCGUGUGCGACCGCUGCUGUGUGACGCACUGCAGCGACUGCCGCGACACGAGUCCCGACGUCUACACCACCCGGCUGCGGCUCCACGACGAUUGUUCGCCCUACGUGGCCCGUUGGCCGAUGGACCCGGAUGCGCUGGGGCCCCUGGGGGGGACCUAUGACCUCGUGUACUCCGAGGAGGAUUUCGCGGCGUGUCAUGAUGUGAAAGUGGUCCGAUCCUGGAUGGAAUGGCAGGACUGUAUCGAGAUGAGCACCUUCAUGUGUGGCCACCGCUUUGGAAUUGUCAGCGGCCAACCAGGCUUUGAGACCGUCUUCAAAAAGCGGGUCCUGCCGGAUUGA